CUGCGAAGACGGUCGAUAGUCGAUACUGGAACAGUGGCUGUUUACCUAUUACCUACUCGUUGGACUGUUGCGGCUCUAUAAGUUUCGCUUACUCGCUUCCGUUCUAUUCAUUAACCAUGCUUUCGCAGUGAUGUGCAUUUUCUGUUGACGAAUAUAAAUUAUUUACUUGAUUAAUUCAUUGACCGCGAAAACACAUAACCUGCUGAUUCCUCGAACAUUUAAAUUGUGAUUGCUGUAAUCGUUUCGACGCGCUGAUGAGAUCAGUGGAAUUCUGAAGCAAUCGUUUGAAGGUUAUAAUAAGGUAAUCAUACUGAAGAAAUGAAUAAUUUUUAAUCUGAUAAAACCACAGAAACUAUUAUGGAUUUAGAUUCGUUAAAAGAUCCUCACAUUUUACAUAACUACAGUAGUAGUCCAUUAAAUGACAACAGUAAUACAAGUGGUACAAAAGUUACCAAAUUAAAUGAAUCUACUGUAGUUAAAGUAGAACAAAAACAAAUUAAACAUUUUAAAAUUGGCGAUAAUAAUGAUAUUGAAUUAUCUAAACAACAGGAGCCAGUAAAACAAAUAAUUGCAACUACGUCUGUUGGAAAUACACCUAAACUAGUUAAAAUCAAUGUACAACCUCACUGCAUAAGUAGUUCAUUGGAUAUCAGUAAUAGUACAAGUGAUACUAAAAUUACAAAAUUAAAUGAAUCUUUUUCGACUAAACUCCAAGAACAAAAUAAAACUGAAAACCUUAAAAUUGAAGAUAAACGUGAUGUUGAAAUAUCUAAACAGAAGCCAGUAAAUCAAAUUAUUGCAGAUACUUCCGUUAUAAAUGAAAACAAUAUAUAUCCUACUUUGAAUAACAGCAGUAGUACAACUGGUAAAGAAGUUACCACAUUAAAUGAAUCUGCUUUGACCAAAGUACAAGAACAAAAAAAUACUGAACAUCAACAAAAAGUUAAUAGAAAUAAUGUUGAAAUAUCUAAUUCACAAAUACCUGUAAAGCGCAUGAUUCCCAUAUCUGUUGUUAAUUCACCUACUAUGAAUGUAAGUAAUAUACGUUUUCGAAAUUCUAAUUGUGAUGUUAGUAGUUUAUUGAAUAAUAACAAUAAAAAACAUGGUAUAGAAGUUACUCCAUUAAAUCAAUCUACUUCAACUAAAGUGCAUGAACAAAAAAAAUCUGUAAAUUUAAAAAUUGUUGAUAAAAUUGAUGCUGAUAAAUAUCAACCACAUGAGGUACCAGUCAAGAAAAUAAUUAAAACCACUUUUGUAUUAAAUAAUCCUCAGAAAAAUCAAAAUAAUCUAAUUAUAAGACCAAAUAAUUUUCCAUUUAAUCUAGAAAAAAUUGCUGUUCCAAAAACAGUUUUGUCUAAUGUGAAAAUAGUUCCUACAAUUAUGCCUGGCCAAAUUAAAAAACCAAUCUCUAUAAUACCUUCAACUACACACAUCAAUUCAAAAAAUUCAAUUAUUACGAGAAUACCGCCCAAGUUGAAUCCUGUUGAUAUUAUUAAUAAUAAAGGGAUUUCAACAUUAAACCCUCCCAGGUUCAAAAUAAUUUCUUCAAAUGACUUAAAGUCAAAAAUGGUUCUAGUUCCACCAAAACAAGGUAAAUAUGUAUUAACAAAUAUAGAAAAUGGAAAAGUCACAAACUUGCGGUCUUUUAUUCCUACAUCGCCUAUGUUAAAACCAUUAAAUUCUAUAAUACCAGUGACAGUCGUUGAAAAGUUUAAUACAAUUGAAAAACCGAAUGAAAAACCAAUCGAUACAAUUGAAAAACCAAUCAAUGCAAUUAUAAAACCAAGUGAAAAAAUAAUCAAUACAACGGAAAAAUCAAAUGAAAAAACAAUCGACACAAUUGAAAAACCGAAAAUAAAAAAUAUUGAAUCAAAAUUUGUUAUUAGGUUCAAAGAAUUUGAGAAUCAAAGAUACAAAAUUUCACCUGUUAGAAAAAACAUAAAUUUUAAUAAGUUAUUUGAAUCAAACUCUUACUUUAAACUUAAACAACAGAGUUCUAAAAAUUCAUUUAUUAAAAGAUUAAAUAGAAAACGUAAAUCUCAUAUAGGUCUAUCAAAUUCUAAAGUAGUUAAGACUGGCGAAAAUACUAAAGAAUUUAAACAUAAUCAACAAGCAAAAGAACUAACAUCAAACGAAAAUAAAAAUUUAUCUGAUUUUGAUAAUUUAAGUGAACCUAAAAAACAUAUACCUCAUACUAUUACUAGUAAAGAUUUAAUAAAUAAUCAUUCAAAUGUGGUUAUUAUAAGUAAUCAAACUGAUAAGCCUAAAAUAAAAACAAAUGUUAAAAAAGAAUUGUGUCCUAUUCCUGGAUUUAUUCAACUAUCGCGAAAGCCAGAUUCUCUAAUCAAAACGUAUGGUCAACCAUUAUCUGGCAAAAAAUAUGGUAAUUUUAAUACUAAAGAACAAAAAACUGUAAGAUUAGUACCUAUUAAUACUUAUAACCAACCAAAAACAAUACUGAAUACUAAUAUUCCCGGAGAUGGUAAACAUUUGUUUGUAAAAAUUGUAAAAAAAGCUGAUUUUAAUUCUUGCGGUACUAUUGCUAAAAUUCCUAGUGAUAAAAUGUUGAAAAUAAUUCCUAAUACAGUUUAUACACCAAAAAAUUUAAAUAUUAAUACAGAUGACGGAAAAAAAAUAUGUUACAAGAAAGUAUCGUUCGUAGAUCCAAUCAAGAAUUCAAAUAACUCUACUAUCCAAAGGCUGCCGUCAAAACAAACUACUGUUAAAAUGAUUAUGCCAAGGAAUAAAUCAACUGGCAUGCAGGGUCCAUUUAUUCGUUGUGAAUAUGAAUAUUGUGAUACAAUAGCAUACAAACCUGAAAUGAUCGAUAUGAUGUAUUGUAGCCCAGGGUGUAAAAAUUUAGAUACUAAACUAAAGUUGGCUACAAAAAAGACUACUCAUGAACCACAGAAACCACAGGAAAAUACAAACAUAUUAAAAAAACCUAUGAUUGAUCGAAAAAUGCUUUUAGCAAAAUUGAGAAGUAGAAUUAAUAAAAGAAAGCAAAGCUUACCGUCUUUACAAAAAGAAAAUGUAUUGGUGUAUGAUUCGGAUAAAACUGAAAAACUUGAUGAUGUGUCCUUAAAGAUGCCACCACCUGCAAUACCAUUAACUGUAAAAAGUUCUUUUCAAAAGUCACAAAAUAAAAGAAAAUAUUCAAAAUCAAGUGGAUUUACAAAUAGUAAACAAGAAACUGUGAAUGUUAUGAGUUAUUUGCAACAUACUGAUUAUAUACCUGCUCCAAAAAAAUUAUUUGAUAAUCCUUUCCCAUAUGAUAUUAACCCUUUUAAAGUUGGACAAAGACUAGAAGGUAUUGAUCCAGAACAUGAAGCAUUAUUUUGUGUAAUGAGUGUAGUGGAAGUUUGUGGAUAUCGCAUUAAGUUACAUUUUGAUGGCUACUCAGAUCUAUAUGAUUUUUGGGUAAAUGCAAAUUGCCCAGAUUUGUUUUAUCCUAGAUGGUGUGAAGAAAACUUUCACACUUUACAACCACCUAGAAAUUAUAAUCGGCCAUUCAAGUGGACUGAGUACCUUAAAUUACCUGGUAUUUCGCCUGCUCCAAAAUGGAAUUUUCCUACUGCCUUAAAUACUAAUCGUAUAGAAAAUCAUUCAUUUUAUAUUGGAGCUAAACUAGAAGCUUUAGAUAAAUUAACCCGCACAACAUCAAAACAGCUUAUAUGUGUUGCUACUAUUGCUGAUAUUUUGGGUAGUCGUAUACGUAUUCAUUUUGAUGGUUGGACAGACGAUUUUGACUACUGGACAGAUAUUACAUCAACUAAUAUACAUCCAGUUGGAUGGUGUGAUAAAAAUGGACGAACUUUAUGUGCACCUAAGGGUUAUGAUGAUUGCAAAGGAAAACAACCUUUUUCUUGGACUAAAUACUUAAGUGAAACUAAUAGUGAACCUGUACCAGAAGAUGCAUUUUUUCGCAGACCAUUACGAGAAUUUACAAAUAGCAUGGCAAUUGAAGUAGUUGAUAUUGCUAAUCCUUCAUUAAUUAGAAUUGCUAAAGUAGUAGAUGUUAAAGGAGAUGAACUUAAAAUACUUUAUGAUGGAUUUGAUACCAUUUAUGCAUAUUGGAUUGAAGAUGACAGUCCAAAUAUUCAUCCACUUGGAUGGUGUUUAAGCACCAAUCACCCAAUUGAGCUAUUUAAAGCGGACGCAAUACUUUGGUCUUGUAGAGUACCUGGUUGUAAUGGUAAAGGCAAUAUACAUAGUACCAAAAAUACUCAUGUAUUUGCUAAGGAAUGUCCAUAUGAAUUUGAGUCGUGGAAAAAAUUAAUUUCUGGAGUGACGACUAAACCUGAUAGAAUAAGACCUGAGGACUGUCUAUUAUCUUCAGUUCCCAGUUAUUUAAAUCUUCAGAGUACUGUUGUACCUACAAAAGUUAAAAAUAAAAAAAGAUCGAAGUUAAAUAAAAUGAAAGCCUAUAAUUUUAUGAACCCCAGAAAAAGAACCAAUUACAGUUCAAACUUGAGUAAAGCCAUUCGUGCUAGAACUACUUAUAAAAGAGCUGUUGAAGUAAUGGAUGAAUUAGAAAUAAUUAGAGGUAUUAAUGAUUAUACAAGCUAUGGUUAUGGCUCUUUUAAACGUCCAAGGCUUAAUGCAUGGACCAGACAUAGCGUGCUACACGGUAUACCAAUAUUUACUACUACUGAUGUAAGAAAAUGGCCUGUAAAAGAAGUAGCUACUUUUGUCGAAAUAGUAGUAUCUGAUAAUUACACAGAUAAUGAUGAUCCUUCUGUUCGAAUGAAAAUAUCUAAAUCGUUUAUGAAACAGGAAAUUGAUGGUGAUGUAUUUUUAAUGUUAACUCAAAAAGAUUUGACAGAUGUAUUAAACAUUCCUCUUGGUCCAGCACUAAAACUGCACAAUGCCAUUGUAGUGUUAAGACAAAGAAUUUCUGCAUUUGAUGUUGCGGAUGGAUCAUCAUAACUAAAACAAAAAUAAGUUCUACUUUUUUAUUUUAUUUCUCGUUUUGUAUUUUAUUACUUUUUUAAUUUAAAAUGUUUAGUACUUUAUUAUGUAUUUUAAUUUGAUACCUUUUUCUUUUAAAGCAUUUAUAUGUUCCUUGCGAUUAAUAAUAGUUACUUUUGUAUUAAUCUUUUAUGUAAGAAACUUUAUAUAGAUAUUAUUACAUAAAAACUUAAUUUCAGCAAUUUUAGUUCAUUUUUAGGUAUAGAAUACAUAAUAUUCAUUAAUUGUCUAUAGCAGUGGUGGCUUGUAGGUUGGUGCACGUAUGUAAACACAGCACAAGCAAAUUUAUCAAAAAACUAUUUUUCUAUAACAUAUUAACAUAUUAUGAACAUAUUAUUGCUCUUAUAGUAAAAAUAGUUUUGAAAUAUACACACAUCAAGCAGUGUGCAAUAACACUGCCUUUCUCCUUUUAUACAAAUGAGGAAAAAAUUCAAAUUGUGCACCACCUAUUUUUAACACCAUGAACUACCACUGGUUUAUAGUACAUUUAAUUACCAGGGUAUCCAAAACAUUGUUGAUUUUAUAAAAAUAUCAUUGUCAUUUGUCAUUAUAUAUAGUUAAAUUGAUAUUUUGAAUAUUAUUAUUUAUUACAUCAUUAUAAUUAUUUAUAGCCAUUUA